UGGAGGAUGGAGAACCGGCCUGGGUCCUUCCAGUACGUCCCGGUGCAGCUGCAAGGGGGGGCGCCCUGGGGCUUCACCCUGAAGGGGGGUCUGGAACACUGCGAACCGCUCACGGUGUCUAAGAUUGAAGAUGGAGGCAAGGCAGCCUUGUCCCGGAAGAUGAGGACUGGUGAUGAGCUGGUGAAUAUCAAUGGCACUCCAUUGUAUGGCUCCCGCCAAGAGGCCCUCAUCCUCAUCAAAGGCUCCUUCCGGAUCCUGAAGCUGAUUGUCAGGAGGAGAAACGCCCCUGUCAGUAGGCCGCACUCAUGGCAUGUGGCCAAACUGCUGGAGGGAUGCCCUGAAGUGGCUACCACCAUGCAUUUCCCUUCUGAAGCCUUCAGCUUGUCCUGGCAUUCUGGCUGCAACACAAGUGACGUGUGUGUGCAGUGGUGUCCACUUUCCCGGCACUGCAGCACUGAGAAAAGCAGCUCCAUUGGCAGCAUGGAGAGCCUGGAGCAACCAGGCCAAGCCACCUAUGAGGGCCACCUCUUGCCCAUUGACCAGAACGUGUACCCCAACCAGCGUGACUCAGCCUACAGUUCCUUCUCUGCCAGCUCAAAUGCCUCUGACUGUGCCCUUUCCCUCAGGCCAGAGGAGCCAGCCUCUGCAGACUGCAUCAUGCAAAGCCCAGGGCCAACUAAGGCCCCCAGUGGCCGGCCUAAUGUGGCCGAGACUUCAGGAGGUAGCCAGCGCACCAGUGGGGGCCACCUGACUCCCGGCUCUGAGAUGUCAUCCUGCCCACAGGAAAGCCACCACUCGGGGCCUGCCAAGGCCACCAGGGGUCCACCACAACCUCCAGUGAGACGAGACAGCCUUCAAGCCUCCAGAGCCCAACUCCUCAAUGGAGAGCAGCGUAGGACUUCUGAGCCUGCGGACUCAUUGCAGCAGGAGAAGCCAAGCUUAGAGACUGUUCUAUCCCCAAGGAUCCCUAACCGGCUCUGCUGCCUCAGUGGGCAAGACAAAGUGACCAGUGAAGGCCAUCAGAACUGUGAGCUCAGCCAGCCUCCUAAGUCCAGCCAGGAGGACUCUGAGCAUCUAAUGCUGGAGGCUUCAACCAAAGGUAUUGGGUUCCCAAAAGCAUAUGACACAACUUCCAGCACAGAUUCCAGCUCACUCAACAAGGCUCCAGCCAAGCUAGUGAAAGCUUCUUCCUUUGGAAGCCCUUCACACCUCACAGGACCCACGGGGCAUCGCCACAGUGCCCCUGAACAGCUGCUGGCAGCCCACUUACAACGCAUGCACCUUGAGACCAGGGAUGGCAAGGGAAUGGAGCCCCCAGCUGGGCAGGAUGGACAUGAGUGGACUCUGUCCCCUCUGCAUAGCAGCCAUAUGGGGAAGAAAAGCCCAUGUCCCCCUGCAAGGAGUGCCCAGGACCAGCCCAACAAAGAGAGAAAGAGCAGGCCAGUGGACGAUAGACCUUUGAGUUCAGGGCACCUGAGUCCAGGCAGCUCCCCACAUAGUAAAGUUGAUGGACACCCUACAGAAAGAGGUUUUCUGGACCCAAACAGAACAAGCCGAGUAGGUAGCGAAUUGGCCAGCCAGCAGCCCUCCACCUCUGACUCCCUUGUUCAACAAACCAGGAACUGUUCUUCAGUCAUCAGAGUAGCUGGUGGCUCAGAAGCAACUGAAGAAGGGAAUGAUGAGCCCAAGGGGUAUGGUCAGGUGGGUGGGAAGCGAAAUGGAGGGACACGGGGCCGUUCAAUCCACAACCGGCGGAAGAGUGAGCGUUUUGCUACCAAUCUACGUAAUGAAAUUCAGAGGAGGAAGGCCCAGCUCCAGAAAAGCAAGAGUCCCUUGCUUUGUGACACUAAGGAGCCUGUGGAAGAAGCCGAGGAGCCACCAGAAAGUCCGCCACUCCCUGCCUCUAAAUCAUCUCUUCUAUCUUCAUAUAAAAAACCACCUAGCCCCAGAGAUAAAGCCUUCAACAAGAGCAUGAUACUCAGGGCUAGGUCUUCAGAGUGCCUCAGUCACACCCCUGAGAUUCAUGACCCUAGGACAGGCUUGGGGGGACAAGUAGGCCCUGCCCAGAGUCCUGGCCCGACCUCUUUGGGCCUGAACUCCUGGUGGAAAUCUUCGGACCCACCCUCCUCAGACUCAGAGAAAACAGGUGUUCAUGGUGGAGUCCGGGGUGGUCAUUGGAGAUGGUCUCCAGAGCACAACCUGCAGCCCCAUGUGGCAGUAGCCACAGAAGGGCUUUCCAGCCUGGGUGGCAACAAGGAAUUGACAGCUUCAACAGCCCAAGCUGGGGAAGAGGCCAUCCUCUUGCCUUUUGAAGACAGACGAAAGUUCUUUGAAGAGAGUAGCAAAUCUUUAUCUACGUCUCACUUGCCAGGUUUAACCACUCACAAGACUUUUACCCAGAAACCAAAAGCCAUGGGCCAAAACUUCCAGCCAAUGAGCUCCAGCUAUAGGGAAGUGAGGCGCCACCCCAUGGAUGAGUCGUAUCAUUCUACAGACCAACCAUAUCACGCUACAAGCCACUCAUACCAUUCCAUGUCACCCCCUCAGUCAGAAACUCCCACUUACACAGAAUGUUUUGCAAGCAAAGGUCUAGAGCAACCCAUGUGUUGUAAGCCACUGCACUGUGGUGAUUUUGAUUACCACAGGAUCUGCUCUUACUCCUGUAGUGUCCAGGGAGCUGUAGUCCAUGACCCCUGCAUUUAUUGUUCUGGGGAAAUCUGCCCUGCUUUGCGAAAGAGAAAUAUAAUGCCAAACUGCUACAAUUGUCGGUGCCACCACCAUCAAUGUAUCCGGUGCUCAGCUUGUUAUCAUAAUCCUCAACACAGUCCCCUCGAGGACAGCAGCUUGGCACCGGGCAACACUUGGAAACCCAGGAAGCCAGCAGUGCAGGAAUUUCCUGGGGACAAAUGGAAACCAAUAACAGGAAACAGGAAGUCCAGCCAGUCAGGGAGGGAAAUGCCUCAUUCUACAGCUAACUUUUCGUGGACAACCCCCUUCCAUCCUAACCUGGAGAACCCGACAUUAGACUUGUCAAGCUACCGAGCAGUUUCUUCUCUUGACCUCCUGGGAGACUGCAAGCGCUCCUUGAAACAAACGGAGGAAACGUCAGUGUAUGAGGAAGGGGGCUCCCUGCCCUCCGUGCCCCGCCCCCUGCGCAGCCGGGCCUUCUCUGAGAGCCACAUCAGCCUGGAGCCCCAGAGCUCCCAGGCCUGGGGGCAGCAUCGGAGGGAGCUCACUACCAAAGUCGAGGAGACCCAGCUGGAUCCUCUGGGAGCAAGGAAGAAGGCCUUUCCUCCUCCUCGGCCGCCUCCUCCCAACUUGGAGAAGUACAGGCUUUUCCGGGCAGCCCAGCAGCAGCAACAGCAGCAGCAGCAGCAGCAGCAGCAACAGGAGGAAGAAGAGGAGGAGGAGGAGGAGGAGGAGGAAGAAGAGGCAGAAGAGGAGGUUGGGGAGGAGGAGUUGCCACCCCAGUAUUUCAGUUCAGAAACCACUGGCUCCUGCACCCUCAAUCCCGAGGAGGCCCUGGAGCAGACACAGCCCCUAGGUUUUGGACACCCAGAGCCGGCAAGGUGGGGCUCACAAAGUCUCCUGGCAGAGCAAGAGUCCUUUGCUCUCCAUUCCAGUGAUUUUCUGCCUCUGAGAAGGGAAUGUGUAGGAUCUCCACCUGAGAAGGCUCAGCCUCCUGGGUACUAUGGCGUUGGCAGGCUUUGGAGGACAUCAGAGCAAGAGGCCACCAAUUCCCCCACACAAGAGUUUCAGCAUGUCUCGCCUCCUCAGGGGGCCCCAGGGACCCCUACCUCUUACUCAACUUAUUACAAUAUUUCUGUGGCCAAGGCAGAGCUGCUGAACAAGUUGAAAGAUCAACCAGAGAUGGCAGAAAUUGGCCUGGAAGAGGAGGAGGUUGACCACGAACUGGCUCAAAAAAAGAUGCAGCUUAUUGAAAGUAUUGGCAGAAAGCUUUCUGUUCUGCGGGAGGCCCAGCGAGGGCUGCUGGAGGAUAUCAGUGCCAAUUCUGCCCUUGGAGAGGAGGUGGAGGCCAACCUAAAAGCCGUCUGCAAGUCCAAUGAAUUUGAAAAAUAUCGUUUGUUUAUCGGGGACCUGGACAAAGUAGUCAACCUGUUGCUGUCACUUUCCGGACGGCUGGCCCGGGUUGAGAAUGCUCUCAACAGCAUUGAUUCAGAGGCCAAUCAGGAUAAGUUGGUGCUGAUAGAGAAGAAGCAGCAGCUGACAGGACAGUUGGCCGAUGCAAAGGAGUUGAAGGAGCAUGCAGACCGUCGGGAGAAGCUGGUGUUCGACAUGGUCUCCUGCUACCUGCGCCAGGACCAGCUCCAAGAUUACCAGCACUUUGUGAAGAUGAAAUCUGCUCUCAUCAUUGAGCAGCGAGAGUUGAAAGAGAAGAUUAAGCUCGGGGAAGAGCAACUCAAAUGUCUCAGGGAGAGCCUACUCCUGGGGCCCAGCAAUUUCUAAUUCUACCAGCAUCCUGCCAGGUCAUCCCUGCCUAAGCACAAUGGGAAGUGCUUUCCAUCUUCUUUAGCGGUCUAUUAGCAAGUAGAUAGUUGUUAGUUAGCUAUUUGCUCCAUACUCUCUAACCUGAAGGUGCUCACUGCUUCUACCUAGCAGUGCUCCCAGUCACCUCAGAGAACUGGGAGAAGUUCCAAGUUCUACUCUCAGGAGUAGAAGCAAGAAGUAGAAGCUGCAGCAAGAAGUGAUCAUGCAGCCACACUCUCCUUCCCAUGGUUUGCACGGGCAAGCCCUCACUACACACAGAACCAACAGAGUACUGUCAUCCUUCUUUGUGCUCCCAAAGACAGCAUGCAUUCACCACUGACUCAUGCCAUGACCAACUUCUCAAGCUCAUGGCUCAUCCAUUGUCCACAGAGAUCUGGCUCCUCUGAGGGCAUUCAUCUGUCACUAUUUCCAAGGCUCUUCCUUAUUCCUGCAGUGGGAAACAGAGGAGGAGUAAUUAUACUUAACAGAAUAUGAACAGAAGUUGGGAGUUCCGAGGUGCCUGAUGGAAGAAACGAGGCUUAAACAUUGGCUCCCAACUUCCCCAGCAUUUGGUUGAAAAUGAAGAGGACUAUUCUCAGCCCUGGCUACAGUGGCCCUUCCUCUGGUCCUAAGGCUUUGGGCCUAACACUUCCUAUUUCAUUUUACCUUUCCUUUAUCACCAGGGGUCACAGAUACCUGCCCCACAGGCUUCAUGCUGCAGGUUAUUAAUAACUCUACUAAAGCUGAUUUCUGGACUCAUGUUUCAUUAGUGGAGGGAGGGAGGUUCUUAUUGUCAUAUUUUAAAUGGCCUUUUGAUUUUAUUUAUUUUUGUUUUGAUUAUUUCUUUUUUAACUAACAAGACAAGAAGACGGUAAUUGGAGAGGGAAGUUAGGCCAGAAGGAAAGCAUUUUCUGCAGAUCAGCCUGACUUCACUAUGGCUGUGUGUGCAAGGCUUUGGAUUCUUCCCCUUACAGCUGACAAGUGUCUAAGAAAGGAGUUCUCACCUUGAACUCAGGGCUUUCCUACUAUAGCCUGACCCUUUACUUCCCUUGAAGUCUGGAUGACUUAGCACUUCCCAACAACAUUCAAUUUGUUUCCCUGCAACCAAAGAUAUAUAAAACAGACAAAGGUUCACCUGUUUCUCGACCAUCUCUGAGCCCAGGAAUGGGUAAAGGUGAGUGCAGAGGGAGCUCCUCUGUCCACAAGCUGCUUUCCUAGCCUGGAGCCUGGCUCAGAGAAUGAAAACUCACGGGAGUUGUAAGCUUCAUCCCUUACCAGCCUCACAGCAAAUGCCAAUCCAGCCAGAACUGAAGGAUGCAACCAGUGUGCUGCUGUUGCCAAGACCCUUACAGCAGUAGCCAGUUUCUAGUCUGGAACAGCCCUCAGGCAGGUGAUGCCAAAAAAAAAAAAAAAAAAAAAGGAGUGGUAGCCAAUCUGCACUGUUAUAGAGCUCAAUCCCUUACUCCUUGCUAACUGGGGCACGUGCUUGGUAGGGUACAGUUCAGCUCAGCCAGCCCUCUAGUUGCUGAUGCGUUCAUUGGGCCUUGGGAGGUUAACUUCAACAGCAGAAGUGCCUCAGUCAACCAAAGUAUUUGCCAAAGAACUUUGCUGCUGCUACAGAUAUUGGCCCCUAUCUUCCUUUCCUUCUUCAUUGUAUUUAGAAACAAUGAAAGGAUCUUGACCAGCAGGGUGUCCUGGGGUGUGAGGUGGGGUACCCUGGAUAGGCUCUUAGUGCAUUGCUGCUGUCAGAUUGCUGUUAAAAUGUCAGCCCUUCAAGUGGAGUUUUCUAUUCAGCAAAGCUGAUGGCUUGUAAAGGGCUAGGCUUCCCUAAGCCAAGAUUGAGGAAGGUGGUGUGAUACUGUGAGUAGAGUCCGUGGUUGCCAUCUUUUUACUUUUUGAUUUAAAAAAGAAGGUAACAGACUCUAGGACAAGCAAAGAGCAAGUGAAGGUGCCCUGCAUUGGGGGAGAGGGGUGAAGCUGAUACAGUCUCCUCAUUCUAGGAGUUGUUUAUUUGGGGGGCCAUAAUAACUUUUGGGGGAUAUAGGCACAAGAAAAAAAUAGUCACUUACCUGGACCCCACAUGGGUCUGGGUUCUUUUAAUUAGCAUUAGACUGGCUGUAAAUUUACUACACUGAAAGUAUUAUUGACUGUUAACUUUUGUUCCUCAUCCCACCACAAAUUAUAGAAUUGGAAUUAGAAUAUAAGGAUGCUUGUUUUCACACAGGGAACAGUUUCCAAAGCACUUAACUAAAAUAAUCCUAAAACUAUAUUGAGCAGUGAAGCUUGGCAGACAAAAGAUGAACUACUAAACAGGCACUGACACUCUGCACUGCUGAUGAGGCAGUCCCAUUGUGAGUGACAGUGCCACAAAGCUGCUGGUACUAAUAUAGAUACAGUUGCUACCCCACUCUCAUUGCCUGGGCUCAGAACGCCUUCAAAGCCUGCCAGAAGGCAGUCCAGGGGAUUUUCCCAAAGAUGGUCAUUCGUCUUCACUUCUGCCUUCUUCCUUCAAACAUGCAUAUGAGCCCCAGUGGGAAAAAGGAAAGCAAAGUGGUUUCCAUGUAGAAAGGAAUCAGUGCAAGAGUUACUGUCACGCGUUCCUUCCUGCCACUCCCCAGGGUUCUGGGUGAUAGAGUCUCCUUGAGUUCCAGCAGCUGCAGACUCAGCCAAUGGAUAACAAGACAUACUCAAGAGAAACUUGAGGGGGGUGGGGAAAGAGUGAGAGAGAGAGAGAGAGAGAGAGAGAGA